AUGAAGCAAAAUAUUGUUGUCGGAUGUGUCUUUGCUUUUGACCCUCUGGUAUCUACCUCAUUAGGUUCUAAUGCAUCACCCCCAAAUUCUUCUGCACCUUUAUCUAAUGAUGCCACCAAAGCUGCAUCAUCAGUUUCUGUGAACUUACAACAUUUAAGCUUAGGGAAGGAAGAGGGAGCAGCGACUCCUAAAGAGAAUAACUGUGGAGUGGUGCUUCCGGAUUAUUUUCAAGCCCUUUCUGUUAAUUGCUCACAUUUGAGCUUUGGUACCUACAAAUCUGGCAAGAGUACAGCAUUGCCCCAGCCACAAACAUCUAGUUCCUUGACAAAUAAAUUGGAAGAGAUCUUGAUGUCAUCAAAUGGUUGUUCAACUUCUAUGCAUUUGAACUCUAGGAACCUGGUAUAUCAUGAUAAAGAGCAGCUUGAAUUUGAUUUUGAUAAUCAUAGAGCAACAACAGAUGCUACGAACUAUAUUUCACAUGUUUUCAAGAACGUCGAACAAUCUUCCUCUUCUUUUGUGAUUGAUCCAAAUGCUAGGAAUCUUCCUACUAUGCCGCAAUCACACUCCAACUCUAUGCCAAGCGAUAUAUUGGCACCGGCUAUUCAGUCUAUAGAAGCAAGAGACUCUGCUGCAUAUCUUACAUCACCGUCCUUUUCAUCUAGAUGCAUUGGUUCUGCAUCAUCGAUCAAGAAUCCAACUGUAUCCAUGUCUCAGGUAUUGAUGCAGGGGAUCCGAGAAAGAUGA